AUGGAUUCGAAGGACACAAAGGAAUAUUUCUUCUUCCAACAACUGAUAUCAGGAGUCAAUUACUGUCAUUCAAUGCAAUUAUGCCACUGUGAUUUGAAAUUGGAGAACAAAUUAUUGGAUGGAAGUACUGCUCCACGACUGAAGAUAUGUGAUUUUGGGUAUUCUAAGAAUUAUGUAUUACAUUCUCAACCAAAGUUGACUGUUGGGACACCUACAUAUAUAGCCCUUGAAGUUUUACUCAAUAAAGAAUAUGAUGGCAAGUCAACUGUCAUUCAUAUUUGCCUUCUAUUCUUGGAUGUCUUACUUGCUUUAUCGGAUCUAUCGAAAUUCAUUGACGUGAAGGACUCCAUACCUAACGAUGAUGCUAGUGUGGAUAAACUGUCACUUGAGAUGAUUUCAGGACUUUUGGUGAAAGAUGUGAAGGAAAAGUUCAUUGCAUAUUCGACAACAUCCGCUUCUACACCAAUAGCUUUUGCACAUACACCUUCUGCACAUACACCUUCAGCACCAACACCUUCUACACCAACACAAUUGAUCCACACUCCCGUGAGGGUAAGGGAUAAAGGUCGACCACCAACCAAAUGUAAACAAUCUGUAAUCGAAAGAGUUAUGAAUAAAAGUGGUCGAAAGAAGGGAAAUGAGGCAACAAUUAACAUCAAUACUGUAGGAUUCAACACAACAAUAACAAUGGAAUGA